UGUUUUAAGAAGCUCUCUUUCACCAAGUUGAAAGUCAGAAAGAAAAUAAGCUUUUCUAAAGUAUAUAAAUCUUUGCUGGAAAUGCAAUUUUUUUGCCAUCAUCUAUCUCCAUCAGACUAAACUCAUUCUAUAACUAUCCCUCAAAUAAAACAGCGCUUCUAUUUAACUCAGAAAAGACAGUUGUCAAAGUAAGAAAUAUUUUACUUUAUUAUUUUGUCUCCAUCUGAAUGACUCAAACCAAAGAUUCAUGAUAUACUUAAAUCACUUUCGAAAACCGAAUUGAAGCUACGUAGUAAUAACAAAUGAAAUCAGCCUAAAUGUUUACUUAGGUCUAGCCAAAAGUUCUGAGAUUGUUACAUAAAAGUAUAAAGAUAAGAAGAUAUUUUCAAUUUUAUUUCAUCAAAGUUUCACGAUAGUUGUUAUAAUUAUUUAUAGCAAGUUCAAUUCUUUCUAAUAAUUUAUUAAAAAUUUUUACCUACCUUGGAAACUGCAGGAACACAUAAUAUUUCGUUUGCCUAGUUGAUUUCAAGAAUUUUUCUUUAAAAUUUAGCAAAAAUCGUGUCAGUUGGGUUCCAGUACUAGGAGUGAUGAGAUAUAGAUUUAUUUUAGACGGGUUGGUAUCAAGUCAUAUGAUGCUAGCUGGACUAAUGAAAAUAAGUCAGCAAAGACUGUUGCUCAUAGAGACAGGUAUAAAUCAAAACUUUGUUUUAAAUAUUGUUUAAGUCGAAUGGUCCUCUUUUCAUACAUAGUCUAGAUAAUGGUGAGAUUGUAGGCCAUAAGUAUUAUAUUGAAAAUUGUCUAAGACCUAUUGUUAAUAAAAUAUGGAAGUAAACAGGGAUAUCAGGUUCAAAAUGUGUAAAACUAUUUAACGAUCAUCGUUGACUUCAUAUUGAUCCAAUGUCAUUAAUUAUUUGAGAGAAAGAGGCAUCAAUAUAAUGUCACAUCCACCGUAUUCGCCGGACCUAGUACUACACAAUUUUUGGUUAAAUAAUUCUAUCGAUCGACGUUAAACUGAUUAAAUAAAUGAAAUAUGACGUACUCAUGCGGUUUCCAAGGCAGCUAAAACCUUUUUCGAAAAAGAGUUCAAAGGAACUUUUAAUAAAUAAUUAGAAAGGAUUGAACUUGCUAUAAAUAAUCAUGAGAACUAUCGUGAAACUGUGAUAAAAUAAAAUUGAAAAUAUCUCCUUAUCUGUAUACUUUUACUUAACAAUUUCAGAACUUUUGGUCAGAUCUACGUAUUUGUCGAGGGUAAACAGCGAACUUCAGACUUCAAGAACUCAAGAGACUUUAAAUUUUCAAAAGACUUCUAAAGACUUUAAAAAACUUCAAAAGAUUUCAUGAGACUUCAAGAGACUUCAUGAGUAUUCGAGAAGCCUUAGAAAUUGGACACAAUUUCUGUACCAUGCAAAACACACUAUCUUUUUAGAUAAAGAUAUCAAAAGAGUUUCCUUUCAUAAUUCUAUAUAAGGGCAUAUACAUGUAUAAACUCAAUAAUAAAAGAAAAUGCAGCUAAAGUUUUUAUUUCAAAAUUAGUAAAUUCACAACGGAUUUAUUCUCUUUUCGUCAUCAUCAGAUUUAAUUUAAUUUCAAUCCAUGAUCAAUGUAUAACUUAUUCAUAACCAUUAUUCAUAAUUUCAACAUUUGUUUCGAAGAUAAAUACCCAUAGUAAUUUGAAAUAAAAAUUUUAGCUUCAUUUAAUCAUGCAAAAGAGCCAGUUAGUAAGGUGAAUAUAUUAACUUCGUUAAAGACAUACAAUGCUUUUGAACUACAUGAUUUAAGUAGAAAUAUAUUUGUCAGUGUUAGAUUGAACAUUAAUUCAGAUAAUUAUUCGAUAGCUGAUUCAGAGUCAUCAUUAAAUUCUGAAUCUAAUUAUGAUGAUGAAACAAUGAAAGGUAAUGAAGUUGAUAAUGAUCUGUUCAACUUGAAUGAAGAAGAUCAAGAUGUGACAAUCAGACAAAAUGUUGAUAAAAUUGAAAUUAAUAAGAUGGACUUUAAUGGUAUACGUAUAUUUGAUUAG